AUGUCACAGCCAUGGGACUAUAUCGCUAAGCUUGUCUGCAUCGGUGACUCUGGCACCGGCAAAUCUAGCCUCACCAUCCGCCUUUGCGAGGGCCGCUUCUCCCCAUCACACGAUGUCACAAUAGGCGUCGAAUUCGGCUCGCGAAUCGUUCCUGUCGGCCCACCCGCCUCACUAGAAUUAGGCAUCGAUGAACUCGCCUCCGAUCCAAACAACCCCAAUCCUCCAAGCGAUGACGAAACUACCAACUCCAACACUGGCCUCCCCAGUCCACCGCGCAAACCGCAAACCCCACCCAUCCAGAAGCGCAUGAAACUUUCCUUAUGGGAUACUGCCGGCCAGGAAACAUACAAGUCCAUCACGCGCUCCUAUUUCCGCGGCGCAUCGGGCGCACUGCUCGUCUUUGACAUAUCCAGGCGUUCAACGUUUAUAUCAUGUACGCAGUGGUUGCAGGAUUUGCGUCAGAUUGCGGAAGAAGGUAUUGUGGUUAUUCUCGUGGGCAAUAAAAUGGAUUUGGCUGCGCAGCAAAGUUCCGGAUCAACGGCAAAUCAGAGACAGGUCACUCAGCAUGAAGCUGAGGAAUGGUGCAAAUUGAAUAACGUAACACGCUACGUGGAAACGAGUGCGAAGUCAGGCGAUGGCGUGGAGCGGGCUUUCUUGGAAGUUGCUGAGCGGAUUUAUCGCAAUAUUGAAGUGGGCAAAUAUGAUCUUAAUGAUCGGCGGAGUGGCGUUAAGGGUUUUGGUGCGUCGGGUGGUAAAAAUACAGGCGUGCCACGGACGGUUACCUUGGGUAUGGAUGAUGCGAUGCGUAAAGGUAAUGGCUGGAGUGGAGGUUGUUGCUAG